UCGUAAUCCAACUCUCUCCAUUUCAACGGCGACGCCAACCUAAGAUCGCAAUGACCGAAAACGUCCAACCUGGUACCGGCGGAGCUGCCAACGGCGACCGGCAGGCCGCUCUCACGGAGUACAAUAAGCAGCGGCAGAAUCUCAAGGAGCUUCUAGGUAAGCGGAAACAGCAAGAGCGCCAGCUAGCACAACUAGAGCAGAGUAUCGUCGAUCUCGAGGCUAAAUACCUAAGCAACACCCGCUUCGGCAACAUCGUCAAGGGCUUCGAUAACUACAUCAAGGGAACUAGUUCUGCCGCACAGCGCAAGCAAGGAGAGUUGAAGGACGAGGAUUAUAUCUGGUCGCGGUCUUCGAUAUCCUACAAUAGCCUUCACCCCGAUAAUACCGAAGCCCCGUCCGCAACUUCAACACCAGCAGCGCCUACCCCCGUCUCUACGACGUUUGCAAAUAGGGAAAAGGACAGUGGAUCGAACCAGCCGACGCCUACGUCCGCGACUGAGAAGGGCUCUGGAAAGGCUGGUAAGACUGGCAAGAAGAGAACUCAGAAGAAGGAUAAGGAUGCGGAUGUAGAGGACAGCGAGACGGACUCCCGCGAAGCUAAGAAAGUUCGGACACACUUUGGCGCCUCCCGAAAAUGACCACCGCCUCGGCCGUUGCAAGUUUAAUACGUUCAGUGCUGUACAUUAUCUAGUGUACUUUCGGCGUUCACGAGGGAUGGGCAUAAGGCUAGUUUGACGGCGUUGGUUUAAUAGGUAGGAUGUUUAUUGGCAAUGUAGCAAAAGCAUGUUCACGCGCUUUUUUUCUUUCAAGAGAUGGGAUUCACGGUUCGCGCCGUUGUAUAUUUUUCCGUCGAGAUACCCGAUAGUAUCUGGGUUUACGAAUAGUAGAUCAAGGUUGAAUUUACGUCGAGGCAAUAGCAUGGUAUUGAUAUUAGCGUCUCUGAGUAUAGUUGCGAAGAUAUACACUUGUAAAGAUAUACUUGUUUAAACCCAAAGAGAGAAAGAC